AAUAUCCGGAAGCGUCAUCAGCGGUUGCCAUGGCAGCCCGUAAACAUACUGGAUGGCAACUAUCAAAGGCACUUCUCUCUUUCUCUUUGGAAUUUCUUGAUUCUUUCUCUUUCCCUUACACUGUGCUUUACUCAGCCUCUACUUUAAUUACAUUCUUCAUCUGGAACCGACCGGUGAUAAUAAUCGAUAGCCGAAUCUCUCUUUCCGUCCCUCGAACCACGGUUGACCUGUCGCAUACCCUCCAAUAACGACCUGCACGUUAUUCCCCGAUCUACUGUUCCCUAUCUGGGAAACAUCCAGUCGACAGUUUCUACUUCUUCAUAUUUUGAAUAGAAAAAAAAAAUCUACCAGAAACAAUUCAGACCGACAGUCCACCUGCGAAUUGGGCCAGAAACCAGCCAACCAACCAAGCGACGAGUUCUCCUGCCAGCAUGUCAGGCCAGAUGUACGACGACCAAUUCUACGCGACCUCACAACGUCAGUCCCUCACAGCCACCCCUCCUCCUGCAUCAGUCCCGCGCCACAGUCGAGUCCGCAGCCAGAGCGUGAGAGUUAGCAACGGAACCGUCAGCACAGAUACCAGCAUUGCGUCGAGUGGAAGAAUGUCCGAGGCAACCAAUCUGACGCAGCCACCUGCUUAUUCGAAGAAGUUCGUCGUUGUGGGAGAUGGAGGUUGCGGCAAGACUUGUCUGUUAAUCAGUUAUUCGCAAGGAUACUUUCCAGAGAAAUACGUCCCUACCGUCUUCGAAAACUACAUCACUCAGACUGCUCAUCGGCCAUCGGGAAAGACAGUCGAAUUGGCUCUAUGGGAUACAGCUGGACAAGAAGAAUAUGAUCGGUUGCGUCCAUUGUCAUAUCCCGAAACUGAUCUGUUGUUUGUCUGCUUUGCCAUUGACUGUCCGGCAUCGCUAGAGAAUGUCAUUGACAAGUGGUAUCCUGAGGUCCUUCAUUUCUGCCCGACAACACCCAUUAUCCUGGUCGGUUUGAAGUCGGACCUCCGCAGCAAGCGAACAUGCAUUGAGCUUCUCAAAACCCAAGGCUUGACCCCCGUGACUCCAGAACAGGGCGAGACAGUGGCUCGACGAAUGAAUGCCUCCUACAUCGAAUGCAGCAGUAAGGAGAUGCGUGGAGUGGACGAGGUCUUUGCUCUUGCGGUGCAUACGGCCAUCUCGCAAGAAGAGCAGUGGGUAUCGAGCAGCCGUCCUAGUGCGACUACCACUGGAAAAUCUGGCGGCGGCGGUAGCGCCAAUGCCGGUGGUAGUGGUGGGGGAGGAGGAAUGGGAGGCAAGAAAAUCAAGAAGCGCUCUUGCAAGAUUCUGUGAUGCGUUCUCGUCUCUUUUCUUGUUUCCGCCUGUUUGUUUGUUUUUUUUUUUU